GUCACCUCGCACGCGUUUUCAAAUACUCUGGCCCAGGGUGGCAUGUACAGAAAUAACGGGCUCAACACCACCCUGGAGAAGAGCCACGUCACCGGCCCAGACAACUUCAUCACCGCCUAUGACCACCUCGACUUCCAUCCCAGCUACAACCCAAGCGGCCCGUCGCACUGUUAG